CACCUGCUGCACAACCGAGAGUCGUACAGUAGUAGACACAGGACAUUAGACACAGGACCACACAGAUUUUCGACAGGAUUAGACGUCCAGGGAGAGAUGCUGGGCUCCGGUAUGGCAUGGAGGCAUUCCCGGGUUGCAGCUUCUAGGAACAUGACGAGGCUCCGGAGUCACAGAGCAUUUUCCAGUGCUCCCGCAGGACUGGGAGAUAAGGCGGCCGGGUGGGAGUACGACCACGACGUGCUCGUGGUCGGCGGGGGCAUCGUAGGCUGCACCCUGGCGUGUCGCCUCGCCAAAGACCUCUCGUCUACCACCCCCUCGACGAUCGGUUUGCCUCCCCUCAGCACGGGCAAGGAUGACGGUGGUGGCAAUGACGUCGGCCGGCGGCGAAGGCGGCGGCGGCCAGCGGUGGGACUGAUCGAGGCUCGGCCCCCGCCGUCCCUGGAGGCCGCCUUGGCCAGGGGUGCCCCGGACCCCCGGGUUUAUUCUCUCGCGCCCUCGUCCGUGGAGAUUCUUGGGAAGCUUGGGGUUUGGGACGAGGGAGGGGGGGUGCUAAAGGGCCGCUCGCAGCCGUUCGGGGGUAUGCAGGUUUGGGACGACCGAGGAGCUGGGCACCUGCGGUUCGACGGGGAGGGGAAAGGGGGAAAGACGACCGCUCUGGGUUUCAUAUCGGAGCACGGCGUUAUCCACUCGUCCCUCUUCGAGCGCGUGCGGGAGCUCGAGGCUGACGGGUUGGCGGAGCUGACGUGUCCUGCCCAGGUAAAACGGGUCACCUUCCCCCCGGUAGGGGCCGGGGGCGCUACGGGACCGUUGACAGUAACCGUCGAAACGGCAAGCGGCGAGACUAGUGACACCACCUGCCGGCUGCUGGUGGCGGCAGACGGCGGCGACUCCAAGGUGGCCAAGAUGAUGGGUCUCUCUUCUUUCGGCUGGGGCUACGGCCAGCGGGCGGUGGUCGCAACGGUGAAACUGGCGGAGUCCCACGGUGAGGUUGCGUUUCAGCGCUACCUGUCGAGGGGGCCGUUGGCGAUGCUUCCCCUCCCGGGGGGAAAGCUGGCGUCGCUAGUGUGGUCGACUACACCCGAACACGCAGAGAGCCUAAAGUCGAUGUCUACCACGGAGUUCGUGAAGGAGGUGAACGACGCGUUGAGGCUUCCCCCGACCAUCGGCACCUCGCCCUCGUCGUCGGCAGAGCCCGCGUCGUUCUCCGGAACGGUUCCUCCUUUCGCUGGCGAGCACGGGCUUUUCGGAGGCGUUUCGUCGCUUGCCGCGCUCCCGUUCGCGACAGCGAGUGCCCUGGGGGAAGGGGUCGCGAAGGGCGCGGAAGGCAUCGCCGGGGCUCUGGCCGGACUGUCGCUCGGCCUGCAGGAGGGGGCAGGGGAUGGAGGAAGAGGGGGGUUUUGUACCCCGCCUGAAGCCACUGAGGUAGUGACGCCUCGACUUGGGUUUGACCUCUCCUUGAGGCAGGCGCACAAGUACACCGGUGACCGGAUGGCUCUGGUUGGGGAUGCGGCUCACACGGUGCACCCCAUGGCUGGACAGGGGCUAAACCUGGGCAUUGCGGACGCCGACGCUCUCGCCCGCGCCGUGCUGGAAGGGCGCUUGUCAGGGACAGACGUAGGGUCCAAGACGUUGCUCGGGCGUUACGAGGAGGAACGGAAGACGGAGGCGUUGGUGAUGAUGGGCGCGUUAGACGUGCUGCACCGCCUGUUCGGCUCGGACGCCCGCGCCGUCGCCGCCGCGAGAAGCGCCGGGCUGAGCGCUCUGAACGCCGCGGGGCCGCUCAAGCGCCGCUUGGCACGCCACGCCAUGGGAGGGAUGUAG